AUGUCUCUUCCCUCUUUGGACAAUUACUUCGCUCUUGAUUGUGAAAUGGUAGGUAUCCGUGAUCCUCAAUAUCCGAACCGUGAAGUAUCCGCUCUUGCCAGUUUGGUCAUAGUGGAUCAUACUGGUAAAAUCCUAUAUCAAUCGUUGGUUCACGUUCCCACUGAUCAAGUGGUUGAUUGGCGGACUUCCAAAAGUGGGAUCGCUCCUGGUGAUCUUGAUAAUGCUCCUUCUUUGGAAAACGUUCAAGAGGAGGUGAAAAGGAUAUUGAAAUCUAAGAUUUUGGUUGGACAUUCAGUAUGGAACGAUUUAUCUGCUAUCGAGAUCGUCCAUCCUAAGAAAGAUGUAAGAGAUACAGCUUUAUAUAAACCUCUUCGUCUUCACGGUUUCGCUCAAUAUCGUUAUCCAUCUUUAGUCCGUAUGACGAUGGAAGUUUUGAAUAGGAAGAUACAGAGUGGAAAACAUGAUCCUGUCAGUACAACCAUGAAUGAUUUUUUCAUCGGUUCUUUCUGCUCACUUCCAGGUUGA